AUGGAGAAAUUCCAGGGCGCCAUGUUCCAUACUACACAGUGGGACCAUAAAGUUGACUUCAAGGGCAAGAAGAUUGCAUUCAUUGGUAACGGGGAGCAGCGCACCCGAGGCGAUACUCGCCGUUGCAAAGCAUGCGGCAUUCGUGAAGCGAAGGAAUGCACAGGGGCACAGGCUUACCUCGGAACGUAUGUUCGUGACACCCCGAAUCUCGCCUAUCUAUUUGACCCGAAUACGUUCCCAGCCAACGACUCCGACCUUUUUACCUGCAAGACACAGGGAGACUAUGCAGUGAAGUCUCUUUUCAGACCACUGAUGAAUCCACGGGCAUCUAUGAUCGAGAUGAAGCAGAGCGCUGAAGACUGCGAGACUAACGCCGUCGCAAACAAGGUCUUUUCUGGAACUUGCUUAAAUUGGUAA